UGUUGCGUUUUCUGUGUAAUAUGUGGUGACUAUGGUUUAGACAAACAUAUUAGCGCACAUUACGUACCUGUGCUGUUCGGCAAUUACGAAGAAUACCAGAUCGACGCGUGGUGGCUUAGGAGGGUAAUCAUGGACUGCAAGGGAACUAGUUGGGUGAAAAAAGAGAAGAAUGAAAUACAUGCUGAACCAGAAUCCUUGUUUCUUGAAGGUACGCUAAAGAUUGGAAUACCAAGUCUCCAUAUAAAGCAAGACUUAGAACUGAAACAGGAGGAUGGCAUUGAGCGUGAUUGUCUUGAAGAUAACUUGGGAAUCUCUCAUCCAAAUGAUUUUAUCAAGGAGGAUCCUGAACUAAAUUUGGAGGUGGCAGCCUCAAUAAGAAAAGCAUCUGAUAGUUUAAGUUUCAUUCAAAGUGCUGGUGACAGCUGUGACAUUUCAUAUCAAGAAACGUUACAUCAAGGAGUAGUCAAUGACAAGCUGGAGAUAUAUGCAGAGAAGUCAACAGAUUUCAGUGUGUCUCACAACUAUACCAAAAUACAGACUUUACAAGAAGAUGGCUUAUGUGGCACAAGAUUAAGUUCUAGCAUCAGGGAAAAGGAAUUCCAUAAGUUUAACUGUAGUUUCUGCCUACAGAGCUUCCCUUCAAAAUACAGACUCAUAAUGCAUAUUUUCAUCCACAUUGACGGUGUGCAGGCACCUGCAUUUGUGUGUCAGUCAUGUGGUGAGGUAUUUCCCACUGAUGACUGCUUGAAAGAACAUUUGAGAAUGAGGGAGGGUGACCAAGCAUUAUCUGCUACCAACAGUGAGAAACUUGAAUGCAGUGAUCAUGAAAACAAUAUCUCCUUCAAGUGUGUACAAGAAGGGAUUGUGGAACAGACCGAGGAGCACCCUUCGUGCAAGGUACCCAGGAAAACUUUUAAAAAAUCCCUUAAAGACAUAAGUAAUACACAUGCUGUGAAAGAAGCUGAAGAGAAACUCGAAAGAUGUAAUGACUGUGGAAUUUUAUGUAAACGUGACCAUGUUCAUGUCCACACUGUGCAAAGUGCAAAGAGACAUCACAAAUGUGAUGUUUGUGGUAAAAUGUUUACUCAGUUAUGCAAUCUUAAGAAACACAGUUUAAUACACACUGGAGAGAGACCGCACGAAUGCGAUGUUUGUGGGAAAUCAUUUACUGAAAGUGGCAAUCUCAAGAAACAUGAAUUAAUACACACUGGACAGAGACCACACAAAUGCGGUAUCUGUGGAAAAUCAUUUACUCGGUCGGGCCAUCUCAAGAACCAUGUUUUAAUACACACAGGAAAGAGACCGCACAAAUGCGAUGUCUGUGGAAAAUCAUUUACUCACUCGGGCCAUCUCAAGACCCACAUUUUAAUACACACAGGAGAGAGACCCCACAAAUGUGAUACUUGUGGUAAACUAUUUAAUGUAUUGAGUAAUCUCAAGGCCCACAAGUUAACACACAGUGGAAAGAGACCCUACAUAUGUAGUAUUUGUGGAAAAUCUUUUACUCAUUGGGGCAGUCACAGGAAGCACAAAUUAAUACACACUACAUAGAGACCACUCAAAGUAUUGUUGAGGUCUGUAGACCCACACAUGUUCAUAGAAGACCACACGUGUUUUAUGAAAAUUGUUCGCAUGUACUACAGAGAGGUCACAAAAAAUAUGACAAACCCUUUUCCGCAGCUUCACAGUCAAAGAAGUUACAUACAAAAUACAACAUAUGAAGCACACAAUUGUGAUUUUUUUGUUGGAAAUGCUCCAUGCUUUAAUGAUCGGGCUACCCGAAAUUUGUACAUUGAGAUAUAUGUUUUACUCGUUUGAGAAGAAGUUCUGUGCAGUUAUCAGGACCCCAUAUUCUUCAGGAGAAUGUGCCAGCAUACUGCUGAUUAUUUGAAAGAAACUGCCAUUUCAAUCUUCAUGAAGCUGUAUCCACUACCCAGGCGACAGCAGAAAUAUGUUUAUUACACAUUCAUAAUGUACGAUAUUUAUCUCAAGAAUGGACAAAGAUACAAAAAUCUCUUGAUUAUGCAAACAUAUUAUUGAGGUAUGCCUCCUUAAUAGUAAUGCUAUUUGUGUGAUCAAUAAUCUGCAUCCAUUAGGAAAUAACUGAUGGUGGCAAGUAUGCAGAGAUAAGGGAAAAAUUACAAUCAUCUACGUAGUAGCAUUUUGAUUCACCUACAGACCGCAAUACAACAGUGCAUCUCUAUGGUAUGGACUCAUUAGUUCUUCAUUAGUUUUUCAGUUGUAAAUUGGACUAUAAGUCUACACACACCUCACACCUUUCCCAUUAAUUGUAGGCUAUUGGUUUGUUGCUGUCUAGUUGGUGUGCAAUAGCAUCCCAGAUUCAUUUCAUCAUGAUCUAUUGAGGUGAGCUGGGUGGGAAGGACAACAGUGUGAACCAUCAUGCUGCUCGAACCAUUGCAGUGUGAUUCUCACCUUGUAAUUUGGACAGUUAUCCUGCUGUAAGAUGUUUUCACUCUCUGUAAAUACAUCAAGCAUUAAGUGAUAAGGUUGCAAUAAUGUUCAUGUUCUCCACAUCUGUCAUGGUGCUUUCAGUUAUCACCAGCUGUUUUCUUGCCAUCUCAUAUGAAUGUCCCCCAUAGCAUGACACUGCCUUCAUCUUCCUGCACCUGUUGUGUGGUGCAUGUAUGAAACAACUAUUCAUCUGGAUAAUGACAUAUCUGAGCACAACCAUUGACCUGGUCUGAAAGAAAUGUCAUUUAUCCCAACAUGUGACACUUUCUUAUAGGUAUGCAGUCCAAUCUCGAUUAUCCUAUUUGUAUUGCUAUUGUAACUGACAACAUUGUUAGAUCAACAUGGGAAUACAAAGCUGUUAUAUAACUUGGGGCCUCAUGUUAACAGUGUCUGCUUAAUAGCUUGAAACUCUUGAGCUUGCUCAAGCAUUUUCUCCUGUCUCCACAGAUUGCCAUCUAUCCCACUUUACAGAGCAGCUAGGUUCUGAUCUGCUCGUUCUAGAUAAUGCAUGGGCAUCCUACAACCUUUGUCAACUUGUGGUUUCACCAUCUUUCAACAAUGUUCCAUAGAGACUCACGAUAGAGGCAUGUCCACAGCCAACCACAUUCGCUGCUUCUGAGACGCACUUGCCCAGGCACCAGGCAAAACCAUCUGCUCUUCGGCAAAGUUAUUUACGCCAUUUUUUCACAUACUGUCACUAGAAUGAUAACCACAAAUUUCUGGUUGUAUAGUUUCAUUACUACGUGACAUACCCACAAUGCCACUGGGUAGCAAACACUCCUCUUCCGGAAGUUGGUAUAAUGAUUUGGAUCAACAGUGUAUCUUCACAGAAAAGGGUCUUUUGGUAAAUUGUGUAGUAAUUCAAUUUUUCUGCUUUGUUAAAUUUUAUGUCAAUACACUAUUGCCAGUUCAAGUGCCGUAUUUCUUGUGAAAAUUUUUUUGUAUUACUAAGCUCUGUACAUAAUUCUGAGUUAAUUAGGAUUAAUUUUAUGCAUCAAAUCUUUUAAUUAUUUGUCUGUUUUUAAAUAUCAUGUAACUACUGUACAAACAUCAGAUUGUAAUUCCAAUUGUUUGUAGA